AUGGUGAGACUACCUCCUACACUUUAUUGCUGCUGGUAAACGUAAGAUAGCAGUCGAGUUUUAUCUGGAACAAAAUUUAUUUCAGUGCUAGAUGUAAUUGCUUCAAUAUUUUUAGGAUUUAUGCUAUCAAUGCAAGUGAUCCGUACAGUAAAGAACUUUCUAUUUUAUUACGAUCUAUUUUGUAAUUUAUAACUUAGUGACUUUAACGUUUUUAUUCAUGAGCUAUUACUCACUCAGAGCUUACGGAAGCUUAAAGCUGAUAAUACCAGAUUGAAGUAUUGUUAAAAAAUAUUAUAAAGCUAAAAUAAUCAGAAUCCUUUGCUGGAUUGUAGAAUGGGGGAUUGUAGCCAUAUGGUGAGUUCUAGAGGAACCUGAGAUGACUCCACUUUAUCUUUACUCUAUAUUAAAUGCUAUUGGAGUUCUUAUUGAUAUGUAUUUUUGCUAUGUCAUUUAUUCCUGUUACAAACUUGGAGUACAAGGAGAUUUGAGAAACGAAAUGGUUCAAGUGACUGGCAGUCAAAGGGUAAUGCCAACUUAUAAUGAAGUACAGGCUAUAGGGAUUGAUAACGCUCAGGAUGCAUUUAGUCAGUCUCCAGCUAAAGAAGUUAUAGCUUAUCCUCAGGAUAAUUUGAAAGUGAUUGAUUUAAAUAGCAUACCUAUUCAUGACUUUACAAAGGUAGAUCAAUAG